CUUAGUUUAUUUUACCGUGAUAUGGAUAAGGUUAUUCGCACUCCUGCUCCGCUAUAGAGCACACGUUACCAAGGCCAGUGAAAAGUGUCCGUUUCUGGUUAAUAUGUGGUAUUUCGUGUUAGUAUUUGUGAUUGUGUUAUAUCUAUACAGUAUUAGUGCAUUUAAUUAUUGGAAGAAGAGAGGUAUAAAACAUGAUCCUCCGAUACCAUUUCUUGGGAAUAACAUGCGACAGUUUUUUCAAAAAGCAAGUAUGGCGAUGUUAGCUACAGAAGCUUACAAUAAGUAUCCAAAUGAAAAAGUAGUUGGGUUCUUUAGAGGUAUGAAACCGGAAUUGGUAAUUAGAGACCCAGAAAUAGCAAAGAGAAUCUUAGUGACUGAUUUCCAACAUUUUUAUGCUAGAGGUUUCAAUCCACAUAAGACUGUUAUUGAGCCCCUUUUAAAAAACCUAUUCUUUGCUGAUGGUGAUUUAUGGCGUUUAAUAAGGCAACGAUUUACUCCGGCCUUCAGUACGGCUAAAUUAAAAGGUAUGUUUCCUAUUAUUACUGACCGAGCAGAAAAAUUACAAAUCAUCACAGAGGAAGUGUCUCAUUUAGAUUCAUAUGAUGUUCGCGAAUUAAUGGCAAGAUAUACUACUGAUUUUAUCGGCGCUUGCGGUUUUGGAAUCUCUAUGGACUCUUUGAGCAAUGAAAAUUCUGAAUUUAGAAGAUUAGGUAAAAGAAUUUUCGAACGAACCCCAAAAGAUGCUAUGUUUGCGGCUCUAAAAUUAUUAUUUCCGGAGUUAUGCAAAAACCUCAAUUUCUUAGAUCCGGAACUAGAAAAAUCAAUGAUUUUUUUGGUACAAACUGUGAUGAAAGAACGAAAUUAUAAACCCUCAGGGAAAAACGAUUUUAUCGAUCUCAUGUUGGAACUUAAAGAAAAAGGUACAAUAAUUGGUGAAUCUAUUGAGAGUAAAAAUAAAGACGGAACUCCAAAAGUAGUAACAUUGGAAAUGACAGACAUGAUAAUGAUAGCUCAAGUCUUUGUAUUCUUUGGAGCCGGAUUCGAAACAUCAUCUACGGCGUCCAGUUACACUUUACAUCAAUUAGCUUUUAACCCAGAAUAUCAAAGGAAAGUCCAAGAAGAAAUUGAUCAAGUCUUAAAAAAAUACGACAAUAAAAUUACUUAUGAUGCUGUAAAUGAAAUGGCGUGUUUAGAAAACGCUUUUUACGAAGCAAUGAGAAUGUACCCAUCAGUAGCAUAUAUCGUAAGAAUGUGUACAUCACCGAAGUAUACAAUUCCCGAAAUCGGGGUUACAAUAAACGAAGGUGUCAAAGUUAUGAUUCCAAUCCAAGCUAUGCAUAAUGACGUGAGUUACUUUGAAGAACCAGAAAAAUUCAAUCCCGAAAGGUUUAAUUUGGGCAGAAAACAAUUUAAGGAUGUUUUCCUACCUUUUGGUGAAGGUCCAAGAGCUUGUGUUGGCGAAAGACUAGGACAGAUGCAGUCCAUGGCAGGUCUUGCAGCAGUUUUACAGAAAUUUACAGUGGAACCGGCUAAAUGUAGCGUAAGGGAUCCAAAGCCGGAACCCACAGCAAUCGUAGCUGAAGGUUUUGUAGGCGGAUUGCCGCUUAAAAUACGGAAGAGAGAGAAAUGAAGUCCAAAAAAUAAGAUGUAGUGUAAAUAAGAUAUAUAUUAUGGCAAUAGGGUUUUAACAUAUUUAUUUUAAGUUAUAGAAAAUAAAUGUUAAUAUC